AUGUCUGUUGUAGUGCCACCUACAAAGCAGAGGUGUGCUGAGGGCAUCCCGUUGCUGCCACCAUUCUUCACUUGGAGCUACGUGGGACCACAUCGCAUUGUGCUCAGUUGGGAUGUUGAAAGACUAGGCGUGCAGUAUGCAGACUGGAUGCGACUGACCGCAGAGGAAAUUCCCACUCUUAACAUCGUGCUAAACUCCACGCUUUUCGUAAAAGGGAGCCUCAUUCUUGAGGGCUUAAAACCUGACACGACCUACAUCGUGACUGCAGAGGGACGGAAAGUUGCAGGCAUUGUUUUCAGUUCGACGGAGGUGAUUACAACACCGUCCAACGGCUGCCUUGAUGCAGAAUUUGCACCAUUCGCAAUUCAAUCACGUCUACGUAACGAUAACGUAACUCUGCAUGCUUAA